CUUCACUCUCUGUUUCAGUACAUUAAUUUCAAUUUAAUUUUGACCCAAAAUGAGUCAAUAUAAGCAGUUUAGUGUUCGAUCAGUAGCAACUUCAGGCAAACCUGGCUUCAGUUCAUUUUCCGUGGCUAAGAGUGGUGGAGGUUUUGGAGGUGCUUCAGGAGGAGGUAGUUUUGGUAGCAGAAGUCUUUACAAUGUAGGGUCUAGAAAGAUCAGUUCCGUUAGUUCUGCAAGUGGAGGUGGCUAUGGAAGUGCAGCAGGUGGUUUUGGUGGAAGAGUCAGUGGUUUUGGUGGCGGAGUAGGUGGGGGAGCCUUUGGAGGAGCUGGUGGUGCCUUUGGAGGAGCUGGUGGUGCUUUUGGAGGAGCUGGUGGUGGAGGCUUUGGAGGUUCUGGAUUUGGAGGCUUUGGAGGUGCUGGAUUUGGAGGCUUUGGAGGCGCUGGCUUUCCUGGUGGACCAUCAGCUGGUAUACAAGAAGUUACUGUCAACCAAAGUCUUUUGGCACCACUGAACCUGGAAAUUGAUCCAACCAUCCAGAAAGUUCGAUUGGAGGAGAGAGAACAAAUUAAAACUCUGAAUAACAAAUUUGCUUCUUUUAUUGACAAGGUCCGCUUCCUUGAACAACAGAAUAAGGUACUUGAAACUAAAUGGACCUUAUUGCAAGAACAAGGAGGCCAAGUUAAGGGGUCAAGAAGAGACAACAUUGGGCCUCUUUUUGAUGCCUAUAUCAACAGCCUCAAGAGGCAGCAGGAUGCUUUGCAAAAUGAUAAACUAAGGCUUGAUGGAGAGUUAAGAAAUAUGCAAGACUUGGUCGAUGACUUCAAAAACAAAUAUGAAGAUGAAAUUAAUAAGAGAACAUCAGCAGAGAAUGAGUUUGUUGUUAUUAAGAAGGAUGUGGAUGCUGCUUACAUGGGCAAGGUGGAACUGGAAGCCAAAGCGGAUGCUUUGACAGAUGAACUCAACUUCCUGAGGACCUUCUUUGAAGCCGAACGGGGUGAGUUGCAGGCUCAGAUCUCUGACACCUCUGUUGUCCUGUCCAUGGACAAUAACCGAGCUUUGGAUCUGGAAAGCAUAAUUUCUGAGGUGAAGGCUCAGUAUGAAGAUAUAGCAAAGAAGAGCAGAGCUGAAGCUGAUGCUGUUUACCAAGGCAAGGUUCAAGAGUUGCAAGCAUCUGCAGGUGAACAAGGAGAUGUCCUGCGCAAUACAAAGAAUGAGAUCUCAGAGCUCAACCGUAAAUCCCAGAGACUAAAAGCUGAAAUUGAAAAUGUGAAGAAACAGAUCGCCAAGCUGCAAGUAUCUAUUACUGAAGCAGAGGAACGUGGGGAUCUUGUACUGAAAGAUGCUCAGUCCAAACUUGCUGACCUGGAAGCCGCUCUGCAGAAGGCCAAGCAGGACAUGGCUCUCCAGCUGCGCGAAUACCAGGAACUGAUGAAUGUGAAACUGGCUCUGGAUGUUGAAAUUGCUACUUACAGAAAACUGCUGGAAGGCGAAGAAUUCAGGCUUAAUUCAGAUGUCAAUAAUGUCAGCAUUUCUGUCAUUAGCUCCGGUGGCAAAAGUUCCCUAGGAGGAGGAGGAGGAGGAGCAGGCUUCGGCUUUGGAAGUGGUGGUGGUGCCUUCGGUGGAAGUGGUGGCGGUGCCUUCGGUGGAAGUAGUGGCGGUGCCUACGGUGGAAGUGGUGGUGCCUACGGUGGAAGUGGUGGUGCUGCCUUUGGUGGCAGUGGUAUUUCCUUUGGCUCAGGAGGUGGAGGAUUCAGCUCCUCAAGCUCCUCAUUUGGUGGUGGCGUCAGCAGUGGGAGGUUUUCAUCGAGUCAGUCCAGCUACAGGAGUUAAUCAAGUCAAGAAAUGAGGCCAGAAAUCAGUGCCCAGAACACACAGAAUCAUUCAUUUGCCUGUUAAUACAAAUACUGAUUGCUGUAAACAUGUUGUUCCGCAGAACCUAUCCCCAUGCCUUUCUCUUUUACUAAAGCACACGCUGUGUAGUGCAGGAUGUGAAUAGAAUUUCCAGCAGAAAGUGGCUUUAGCUUUGCCAUGCCUCCACUAAGGCUUGUCCUCAAUAAGGGGCUAUUAUUCUAUGCUCGUCCAUCAAGCAUAAUCUUGUGCAGGAGAAAAAAAUGAUAAAAUAAACAUAAUAAAAAUAAUACAAUGAAAUACACAUCUCUCCCAACUGCAAUUUAAGGAUUCAUCUCAUCUGUGACUCUGAUGCCCCAUCAUUGCUUUACAAAGGUAAAAUAAUCAAUGCAGAUACCUGCAGUGGCACAAACAGAAGCAAACAUGAAAAGUCAUUAUGAAACAUUGGUCACCUCUAUUUCCUACAUUUGCAAAUCCCUCUCAAUAAGGGAUACUGUUAUGUUUCUGUAGUUGUCCACUGACUUUAAUCAUUGUAGCACAAAUAAACAGAAUUCUGCUGCAAUAUAAA